CACGCAGUGCACCCUGGGAAGGUGCCGGAUAAACACAACAUGGCGACCGUGAGUAGGAGGAGGAUCCAGGACAGCACAUCACUUUAGCCUCUAAAUCCACCAAAACAGCCCAGGGACAGCGGAAAUCCAACUUCCAACACAGAUAGACAAUGCCAGCUUGAUGCCCAGCACAUUUCCUGCAUACAAGCGACCAUCACAGUAGAAUGGCAGCGAGCGGUAAACUACUGGAGCUUGCCCAGCACCUGAAACAGGAGCGGCUGUUUGUCUCGGCGGAGAAAGACUCCCUUCAGCGAAUCCACAAGGAGGUCAUCACCGCAGCGGAGAGUCUGUACCACGCCUCCUGGAUCGUGAAACAACAACGUGCCAACGUGGAGAGUCUGAUCCUGUCCAGUCACUCCCAGCAUGGCACCCCGGCGGAGUACUGCCACAAGGCCAACUCCCUGGACAAUGUCAAGUUUAUAGACGGGUACAAGAUCCUGGGGUACCAGGACACCUUGUAUGGGGACUUCAUGAAGGCACUGAGGGAGUGUCCCCAGCUGGUGGCACAGACACUGGUGUGUGGGGAGAAACUCAGCCUGGAAACAACACAGGGCAUCAUUCAGGUGAUUGUAUCUGCCAUCUAUGGAGGCUGUAUCAUGCCUGAGGAUGAGCAUUACGUCCUGCAGAUACUCCACUCCCUCAUCGAGCUGCAGCUAGCAACAAACAACGAUCCUCGCCGGCUCCUGCGCCGCGGCUCCUGUGCCUUCAGUACCGUCUUCAAACUCUUCUCCGAGUCCGUGUACACCGCCAAGCUCUUCCUGACCGCCGCCCUGCACGAGCCAAUCAUGUCCUGCCUUGCCGAGGACGACUACUUCCUAGAAACCAACGUGGACGCGGCGUUGGAGAGAUUCUCUCCCUCGGAGAUCAAGCGACGGUUCGGGGACCGUGGAACGCCCCAGUUCAAGCAGAAGCUGCAGGACCACAUGGAGCAGCUGAGCAGCCAGCUUGUGAACCUGUGUAACAAGUUCAUCUCCAGCAUUAAAGCCAACAUGUACUGUUUCCCCCAGAGUUUGUGCUGGAUUGUGUCCCAGCUGCACAAGCACAUGAACAGGGUGGGGACGGUGGAGGAGGGAGAUAUCCGGGCCAUGUGUGCGGACCUGUUGUUGUCGUCCUUCAUCUGUCCGGCCAUCAUGAAUCCCGAGCCAUACGGGAUCAUCUGGGACGUGCCAAUUAGUGAAGCUGCUCGCUUCAAUUUGAUGCAGAUCGCCCAGAUCCUACAGGUGCUGACCCUGUCUGCUCCAGAGAAUGCAGAAUCAAAGAUGCAACCACUCUAUUCUAGGUUUGACAAUGGCUGCAUGUCCACCUUCCUGGAUGCUGUAAUUGACAGGUCAUGUGACGACACCCCGCCCCCUGCACCCUCCCAGCUCUCGGGGUUAGGGAGAAGUGCUGUGUUGAUCACAGAAACUGAGCUUUACUGCCUGGUGUCCUUCCUGCGAGACCUUAAGGCUACAGGAGGAGAACCACUGGACACCAAACAGCUGGACACCAUCCUGUCCAACGUGCCCAUCUCCACACCCCCGUCCACAGGCCCCGCAGUGGGGACCGGCAGCGCUAACGUCACCCCUACCCCCACCCCUGUCACAUCCCCUCCCAACACACCCAUGUCUGCAAAGAAAAACAUCCUCGGAAAGGUGAAAGGCGUGAAGGCUCGCCUGCCAGGCACCAAUGCAAACGACUCGUCGGAGGCAGACACCACAGGUGCCCCCUCAGAAACUGCCAUGACCCCUCCUCCUGAAGAGGUCCUCAUCAUCUCACUCAGCAAUGCUUCCAACGAGUGUCCAGGGAUGUUACCUGAAUCCAAGGUUCUUGGAUCAACUGUUCACCAUGUGACCAUUGCUGGGGGCGAUGCCUACGAUGAUGGUGGGAAAGACUCAGACAGACAGUCGGACAAGCUUACUGGUAUCUCCAUAAGUGCCCACAAUAGUGAUGUGAUGGAGGCAACAUCAGAAGGUGGCCCCUCCACCAGAAACUCUGUGUACUCCCUGGAGAGCGACCACGGGCCGGAGCCCAUGGGCCGCGACCCCAGCGAACGGAACGCCCUGGACUUCUUGGAGAAGGAGCAGAGAACGACGAAGGACAACAUCGACGAGAAGCUGCGUAAGUUUGAGAUCAUCCGUGACAUGGGGAUGGCCACCACGGAGGAGAGGGACCCGUGUGAGACCUACAGCACGUUUAGCGAGACCUGGAGCACGGACGUUCUACCCAGCGAUGCUUCGGAGCCACCGCCGGAGGGAAACCCUCUGGAGAGGUUACAAGAAAUCUCAGGUGCAGGUGCCGAGGGUGGAGCGUCCCACCUGGACAGCCUACCUGAGAACCUGCUGGAGGUGGACAUCUCGGAGACCAACAGUGAGACCUGGAGUGUGGACGUGCUUGCCAGCGACUCGGAACCCCCCGAACAGAAGAUGGAAGAGAGACUGUGUGAGGUGGAGGUGGGGCUCAGUGAGUCUGGUAGUGUAGAAGACAUCUUAGAAGCAGAGAAAAAUGAGGAGGCCGCCGGAGGGGUUGACGGAGAGCCUCGAUCCAGAACUAGCACCCCGUACACUGACAGUGAGAACCCUCCGAGAACCUCGGAGGACCAAGUCUCUGACAAGAGCUCAGAGAAGAGUUUUGACAAAAGCUGCAGCCCCUUUCCGGAGGAUUGUCCCAAAGGGAGGGGGUCGCAGGAUUCAGAGGAGUUUCAAGAUGCAGUGGAGAGUUUUGAUGAGAGUAAGGAGAGGAGAGGACAUGCUCCUGCCCUGCACCCACCCCCGGAGAUGUGUCAGGACCCGUCCACGGGAGCGCGCUUCAAAAUCCGGCCCAUCGCUCUCCGCAACCCUGUCAACGGUCCCGUGGGGCCGGGCAAACAGCGACAUGUACCCGACAUCAUAAAAGACUUUGAAGGAGCCCCAUCACAUGCCAAGGAGGCUCUUGGGGCCAGGCUGUCCAACUCCUUAAAGGAUAUCCAAGAAAGUUCAGUUGCAACGGGUUUUGAAACAUUUGACAAAAGAAACUCCUUACUUGACGAUUUUGACCCAUUUGCUCCCACUCCCAGUGACGACGCCCCAGCCACAACCCCCGCAGACAGUCUACGCGAUUCGGUUUUCAGUUCCAUGUCGUCUUUGUCACCCCUGUCACCCUCCAAAUCGGAGGAGAAUCUUCUUAGUCUAACUGCUUCCUAUGCCCAAGUCAGGCACACAUCAAGUUCAGACUCUCCAACAAAGCUUAGAAGAAGUCAAACAAGUUCUUCCUACAGUGGAGACCUGAAUAAUACUGUGCACAGUCCAGACUUUGACAAGCCGCUCAUACAGAUUGACGACAACGAGGGCUUCAGCACCAUCAAGAGAAGACCAAAACGAGAAAAGACAAAAGUAGUGGACAUUGUGACAGAAAAUAACGUGGGAGGACUGGGAAAGGCUUCCUCGUUUGACGACCAACUUUUGCAGCAAGGGUCGGAGUCGCCCGGUCCACAUCAUCCCAUCGAGCGUCCGCUAGAGCCGUUGUUUACGAAGACAAGAGCAGAAAGAGCGACGAGUAGUCCCGGCGCUGAAGGUCACACCAGCAGGAUGGGUACAUCGCUAGCGGUCAGCGGCGGCUAUAACGACAGGUCAAACAUAUCCAAGUCCAUCAGUUUCGACAGCUCCCUGACUGUAGUGGACAGGGAAGAAAAGAAGCAUACAGGCCGAGGUCUCUCUGGUAGCUUAUCUAAGGAAGGAAAGAGCUCAGAAAGAGGUAGAUCGUGGUGGAAGAAGAAAGUAGCCAUUUUCAAAGUAAUAGGCCCAAGGGGAAGCAGGAAGAAAGUGUCAGAAACGGACCGUGAUGAACAGUCAUCGUCUCCGAGCCCAGGUUUUAUUCCCACAGUGGAUGAGACUACAGAGCCACAGGUGACCUCUGAUGACAUCUUGAACAAGUACCGUACCAUGAACAAAGAUCUGUCUGCUGGCGAUUCAGAAACCACACAGACAGAUCACACCCCAGACACAACAGAAGAUAUCCUUGAUAAAUACCGAGCCCUUCCCAGUGAGGAGUCCUUCAGUAUCAGUUCCUCCCCUCAUGACAACAUUGAUGACCUGUCAUCCAAACGCAGCUCUAUGGGUGAAGACCAGAUGGUCCCCACCACGCCCACAGACACGCCCAUGGAGACGUCCUACUCCUUCCAGGACGCCAAGCGGAAGCUGCGCCUGGUCCUCGGGGCGGCCGACUCUUCCACGCUGCCCUGGCUCGCCAACUUCGUGUACAUCCGCGCCAACAGGAUGAGUUUCAUCGCUGAUGUGUACUGUUGUGGGGAUGGCACCAUCAUGAAGGAGAAUGAGCUGACUGCAUUUCUGAAGGCCCAGCUGUCUGAAGCCAUUAACCUCCAAGACAAGUCCCUCAUCGCACAGCUGCAUGAGACACUGAGAUGUGUGCAGCAGUUUGAUGAUACUGGGUGUAAGAAGCUGCUGACGUCCCUCCUGAGUGACUACAGAAGCCGUGCCCCGUACAUCUCCUACCUGGUGCGCUGCAGACAGGGUCUGCUGUUCACUCAGGCUCACCUGGAGAGGCUACUGGACAGGAUAGAGAAGGACCGCAUGGUGUGCCACAAGUACUUCACCUCGGUGUGCGUGCGCCUGUUCCUACAGCAGAAGGAACAGGACAUCCAGACCUUCCACCAGCGCUUCUGCGAGCUCACCGCCUCCGACGAGAAAACUGACCUGGUGGAGGAGUUCCUGCAUCAGCUGGGCGUGGCCAUGUCCCAUGAUGCCAUGUGGCAAGUUGCCACCCCCACCCAGCUAGAGGAUGGAAACUUGGCGGUGGAGCGAAGCAUCAUGAGUCGUAUCUAUACUCACGCUCUGUAUCCUAAUGGGGAUGGGGACAUCAUGAGAGACCAACUGUUCUAUGACCACAUCCUGAGGCUACAGAAGGUGGUGACAGCCAGCCACAAGGCCCUGCAGGUCCCAGAGAUGUACCGCCGGGAGGCCCCCUGGCCCUCCGCACAGAAGGAAAUACUCACCAUCAAUGCUUACAAGACACCAAACGACAAGCUGCGGGUGGUUGUGCGAUGUUCUAACAUCAUCAUGAACCUGCUGAAGAUGGCCAAUGAAAACUCGGUCCCCGGUGCUGAUGACUUCACCCCAGUUCUGGUCUAUGUGCUGCUCAUGGCCAACCCUCCAAGCCUGUUGUCGACCAUCCAGUAUGUGAACAGUUUCUAUGGCUCACGUCUGGGAGGGGAGGAGUCCUACUGGUGGAUGCAAUUUAGUGCAGCUGUGGAAUUCAUCAAGACCAUUGAUGACAGGAAGUGAUGUCAUCCAACAGGAAGUGAUGUCAUCCAACAGGAAGCGAUGUCAUCCAAGGAACAGGCAGACUGUUGAAGUGUCAAGGAUGAAUUGGGAAGAAGUAUAGGGAGGAUUGUGUAAAAAGUUUGUGCAAAGUUACUUUACAGUGUACAAUUCAAACACAUUUUUUUUUUGUACCUCCUGUGCAAUUUUUAUGUACAUUUGUAGUUUUUACCUCCAUAAAAAUGAAGGUAUUGCUCUUCCUAAUCCAUCCAUAACAAAGCAGUACCACCAAGUUAUAGUGUAAUGGAAAUGAUGUCACAUGAUGGAGCUGAUUCUGAAAUGUAGGGGUUUAGGAUAUACAUGUUCCACAUGGGUAUUGGAAAGCACAUGUUAUAUCAAAAGUACCCAAAACCUAUGUGUAUUGUGUUAUAUACACAGUUACUGUACUGUAUAGGUAAGGUUUGCAGACUUUUGACAGAUUUUAGAACAGCCCUCUGCAAUACAGUACUAGCAAGAAAUCAACCUGCUUUCUGUAGGAUUAUUACAUAGGGAAUUGUGAUGAGUUGGAAGUGAGUGAUGUGUGUUUGUACAAGGUAUUCUGGUGCUGCUAUCAAAUUUCUAUGGUCAGUAGCAAUGGUGAGAAAUGUGAAGUAAAAAGUAGGACGUAAGCAGUGAAACCUUUACCUUAAUGUUUGAGACACUAAACAUUAAGGAUUCUCGUAAAUACAUUCUAGUUGGCUAUGCGGCUGAAGCAUACCUUAUAUACUGUUGAAAGCUCCAUGGUACACUAGUUAGUGUAGUGAUGCUUUAAUGUUAAACUGAUGCAAUAGGCAAUACUUAAAUCACUACAGAAGGCAAACAUGUAGCAAUCUGAAUCACACUGUGGCCUUUAACAGAUCCAUGCUUUAGUGUUUAGUGCCGCUCUGAAUAGACAUCCAGUGAAAGACCAUCAGAAAUGUGCAGAUUAUGGGAGAAAGGGAAGGAAAAGUGACUACCGGUAAUAUCAGAAACAUCUCAAAUGUUGUUAAUUGGCUGUGCA